UUUGGCCAGGUUUUUUCUGUUUAUACUUCUUUUUCGCUUACCGUCUUAUUUAUGCGCCAGUCUUUUGUUUAUGUAUCGUCCAUUUGUCCUCUUCUCCAUUGCGAACUGCAGUUUACACAUGACAUUAUCAUCGAUGGUCACCCAAAGUUCGGCUAUAAAAAGCCUUGUUGGCAGAUGGAGCCAAGUGCAGUCGAUUUUUGGAUUAAUCAGCGUAAUCAUCUACCCAGCAGCAGCAAUCAUGAAGUACCUUGCCCUGACCAUCUUUGUGUGCCUUGUGGCCAUCGCCUUCGUUUCUGCCGUGCCCGUGGACGAGUCCUUGAUCGGCGACAAUAUCUACCAGCCUGCCUUCGACGAUGUCCAGCGUCCCCAGGAUCCGCAGUCCCUCUUCAAGCUGAAGAAGCUGCUCAAGUUGAAGAAGCUCCUGGGUUAGGAGAAUAUUCGCAGGCCAUUUGCUUAGCACCGUUCAGAUUCUAGUCCAGCCAAUUGGGAACUUUGCCUCCCCCACUGCAUUUCGAUUUUCAACCCGUUUUGUUUAGACAAUACCAUAUGCAUAAACACACAUAUACACACACAAAAGCACAUACAUACGAGUAAAGUAUACGUAAUCGUAACUAAAAUAAAUGUUAUUUUCGUA